CACAUCUAUCUGCUUCCGACCUCUCUCUUUCUCUCCCUCACACACAUACACUACAAAGCUAUAUUUUCUAAUUGUAUAAUCUUAGAUGUUGACACAUAUACCCACACGGCAUAUAUAAACAUACAGACCAAUUGUUUGACUUUCCUGUGUUUUGUCAUUUACUUCACAAACUUAAACUGUUUUCUCUGGGUGACGCUUCACAAAGGAUUAUGUCUAGAUCGAACUAUUAUCUUUUAGGUCGUUCGUGUUCGCCGUUGUUUAUGUUAUGGUUCUUGUUGACCACAGCAACGGCAUCAAGCUUCCAGACCUACAAUGUUGACCAAACUAGUGGGACUGGUCGUCGAUUUGAUGGAAUCGGUGGCCUAAGUGGGGGAGGCGCAACCUCUAAACUCCUUGUAAACUACCCUGAAAAACAAAGGAAUGAAAUACUUGAUUAUUUAUUCAAGCCAGGAUUUGGAGCUUCAUUGCAGAUUCUGAAAGUAGAAAUUGGUGGAGAUGCUCAAAGUACAGAUGGUAGUGAGGCAUCCCAUAUGCACAACAGUUGGGAAGAGAACUAUUUCCGAGGUUAUGAAUGGUGGUUACUUAAAGAAGCAAAAAAGAGAAACCCUUCAAUAAAACUCUAUUGUCUACCUUGGGGUUUCCCUCAUUGGAUUGGCAAUGGAACUUUGAGCCCUUAUAAGACUCCCUUGGUGACAGCAACUUAUGUGACCAAAUGGAUUCUUGGUGCCAAGACCCAUCACAAUUUGACCAUGGACUAUGUUGGGAUCUGGAAUGAACGUACCUUCACAGCAGAUUAUAUCAAAAUUCUCCGGAAAUUUCUGAACACUAGCGGACUGUCACAUGUACAGAUUGUUGCAGCAGAUGGUGGCUGGUCUAUUGCAGAUGCAAUGUUGAAGGACGAAGAACUGCAAGCAGCUGUUUCUUACAUUGGUGUCCAUUACCCUGGUACAGUCACUACUGACAAAGCCAUGAAGACCGGUCGACCUCUCUGGUCAUCAGAAGAUUAUAGUACUUUUAAUGAUAAUGUUGGUGCUGGAUGCUGGGCCAGGAUUCUCAAUCAAAAUUAUGUCAAUGGUUACAUGACCAGUACAAUAUCUUGGAACCUCAUUGCCAGUUACUACUCCACUUUACCGUUCAACCGUUGUGGACUGAUGACCGCAUAUGAACCAUGGAGUGGUCAUUAUGAAGUCAAUUCACCAAUUUGGGUGACUGCACACACAACACAUUUUGCUGGUAUUGGAUGGAAAUAUUUAAAACAUGACAGUGGUGUUGGCAAAUUCAAAAAAGGUGGGAGUUAUGUAUCUCUAGUGAGUCCUAGUAACAAGGAUUUGACUAUCGUCAUUGAGACUAUGAGCCACAACCAUUCCUACUGUAUUCGACCAGCCCUCCCUAAGUACACAGUGGAACCCCAGGAUGUGACCAUUCAACUGGACAGUUCAUUUAGCUUUGUCAAACAAUUCUACAUCUGGUUCAGUGAAUUAAGCUUCACCCAGAAAGCAUCUGUGCUGUUCCAACAGCAGAAACCAAUUCCGGUUAUAAAUGGUCAAGUGAACCUAACGCUAGGAGUUGACCAAGUGAUUACACUGACCACAGUCAAACAUGACCAGCCACAACCAUAUGGUAAUGUUCCACCAUCAGCUCCAUUUCCUACUAUGUAUGCAGAAGAUUUUGAAGGAUAUCCUCUUUAUGCUGAACCUUAUAAUUUUGCCCAACAAACCGGGUCUUUUGAGGUAGUCCAAGUGGGUGAGCCAUACAACAAAGUGAUGCGUCAAAUGGUACUGGAAACACCUGUGGCUUGGUGUUUGGCUGAUUAUGGCAAUACUUCUAUAACAGUGAUUGGUAACAGUUCUGCUUGGAUCGACACCUACGUGGAGGUAAAAGCACGUAUUGGAGAAGUGAACGGCAGCAAGGAGGUUUUUAUUGCUUCACGUGUCAGCCAAGGAGGUUGUUCCACAUUGUCAUCUCGUGGAGUCUUUUUGUUCGUUGAUCCUAUAAGCAAGACCUAUCAUUUGUAUGGAGAUAUAGCUAAAACUAAGGCUUAUCUGAAUGGUACAAUUUCUGAAACAGAACCUGAUUGGAACAAAAUUGGUUUAUACACGAAGGGUGGCAUUGUAAUUGGACUUCUUAAUGAGAAAAUCAUAUUUAGUACACUUGUUGAGGACAUCUACCAAAAACCUGGUUUUGUAGGUCUUGGAACUUAUCCUUAUGGCAUUGCUGAUUUUGACAUGUUCUUUGUUGAAGAAAUUUGAAUUGAUGUGAUAAUAAAGAAAGAAAACAUUUAUUUUUGAAAGGAAGUUUUUAAUAAAAUCAUUUUUUAUAUGAAAAUA